UCUUCAGUCGAAGCAACCAAAACCCCACUUGAGAGCCCAGCGCAAGUGUUGGAAUUGUUCGUCGGUCCCGGCAGGAUCAGGCUGGGAAGCAGCACAACCCUCGCUGGCUGUGAAGAAUCUCUCCCAUUCUCUCUCACGCCCCUUCGAAGUGUUGUAGUAAGCAUCGCCGAAUUGCUGUUGCAGGUUGAGUGCAGCUCUCGAUUGCGUGCCUGGCGUUGCUACAUGGCGUUUUGAUCACAUAGGGGAGUCCCGAGCGUCUGCGCGAAAAUUUGCGCCCCUCGACCAGAUGAUGGCCACAUUGGUGGGGGAGCUGGCACCAGCUCUCAAGCACAAAGGGACAUUUUCCGUGGCGCCGACACCAAGUGAGAGGCGUUUGUGUCAAAAUGGUUCGAUCACAUCUCGCAGCCGGGUCCACGUGCGGUCCAGCUCUUCCAAUGAAAAAGUGGGAUUUCGAGGCUGCGGCAUGUUGGGGAAAGGAUUAGGGUUUGUAGUGAAUGCCACCAGGAUUUCUCUGAGCUCCACCUCUAGUAAUUUGACCGCAAGAGCUCGGUCAUAUGCAAUUGGAAACCCAAUGUUCAGACAUUCAAGUGAAUUCAAGGACUUUGUGGAAGAACUACGUUUUCAGGCCACGAGGUUGCACAUCGAGGAGCAGGGAAACUCACAGGUUUUCAAAUCUGCAUCUUCUGCUGAAGAAUACCUGAAGUUCUUAGUGGUCAGCAAGAUGGUCUACGAAACGAUGGAAGUGAUUGUCAUAAAUUCCUCUCAUCCUGCUUAUGAUAUUUUAAAAAAAGCCGAGUUGGUGAGAGUGAAAAGGUUGACACAAGAGCUGCAUUGGUUCGCAAGCCAAGGUUAUGCUAUACCUGAGGCUGGACCAGCUGGAAUUUCCUAUGCGAAUCAUUUGAUGAAGUUGUCCCAGACGAAUGUACCUGCGUUUAUUGGGCAUCUUCACAAUGUCUACUUUGCUCAUUCGGCUGGUGAUCAGUUUCUUGUACAAAAGGUUUUUGCAAGGGUGGCUGAGGGACUGGCACGUGGCAACUUAGGGAAUGUACAAAGAAAGGCAAAAAAGAGUUUACUACAUUCGAAUGGGGCUGGAAGAAAGACCGGAAGGACGCUGUUGUUUUGGGCUGCGACUGUGUGCUUGGCUCUGUGGGCAGGCGGUAUUAGGCCAGCCUAUGCAGGUGGAGAUGGCUCAGGGGUGCUGGCGCCGCCUUCUAUUGGGAACAUGAAAUCAUCCGUGGUUGGGACGUUGAAAGCUAUGUGGCCCAAGACACAACAGGUUCUGGAGGUGCUGAGGGAUCAAGGGCUGUUUCUCUCUCUGUUGCUCGCCCUGUCUGCGUUUUUUUCUAUGGCGGAGACUUCUAUCACUACACUCUGGCCAUGGAAGGUUCGUGAGCUUGCAGAGAAGGAAGGCGAAGGUGGGGUCUUCCAAGUGCUACGUCAAGAUGUUACUCGCUUCUUGACCACCAUUUUAAUUGGCACAACGGUUGUCAACAUUGCAGCAACAGCAUUGGUGACUGAAGCAGCAACAGCCUUAUUUGGAGAAGCUGGAGUUACAGCUGCCACAGGUGUCAUGACGGUUGUUCUUCUUUUAGUGACAGAGAUUGCUCCCAAGAGUAUCGCUGUGCACAACGCUACAGAAGUUGCACGUAUAGUGGUGAGACCUGUGGCGUGGCUUUCAGUAAUUCUGUAUCCUGUAGGUCGUGUUGUGACUACAAUGUCUACGAGCCUAUUGAAGCUUUUGGGUUUAAAGAGCAGUGGGGAGCCUUUCGUGAGUGAAGAGGAGCUUAAACUUAUGCUGCGAGGAGCUGAACUUAGUGGAGCUAUAGAAGAGGAGGAGCAGGAUAUGAUCGAGAACGUGCUCGAAAUCAAAGAUACAUAUGUCCGCGAAGUUAUGACACCUUUGGUAGAUGUGGUUGCCAUUGAUUCAGCUGCGACUUUGCUAGAAUUCCGCAAUCUGUGGGUCAAACAUCAGUAUUCAAGGGUCCCAGUAUUUGAACGACGCAUUGACAACAUAGUUGGCAUUGCAUAUGCUAUGGAUAUGCUUGAUUACGUGGAGCAGGUGGAAUUGUUGCAGAGGAUGAAUGUUGGACGAAUCGCUCAUAGGCCAGCUUAUUUCGUUCCAGACUCUAUGUCAGUGUGGAACCUGUUGAGGGAGUUUAGGAUACGUAAAGUACACAUGGCCAUCGUGCUCAAUGAAUAUGGUGGCACUGUCGGAGUUGUGACAUUGGAAGACGUUGUUGAAGAAAUUGUUGGUGAAAUUUUUGAUGAAAAUGAUUCGAAGGAAGAGAUAAGAAAGAAAACUGGCUACGUUGUUCAGAGGGCCGAUGGGGUCUUUGACGUCGAUGCCAACACGUCAGUUGAGGAUCUGACUGAGGCUCUAGAGAUCAAAUUACCGCAGGGUUCGAAUCACUAUGAGACUGUGUCAGGUUUUGUGUGUGAAGCGUUUGGCUAUAUUCCUCGUACUGGUGAAAGUACCAAAAUCACACUUCGAAAAGCAGAUGCUGAAGAUAGUGACAGGCGUGAUGGAGAGAACCAGGGUGAGAAUCAGGAUGAUCGGGAUCGCAGGGAGAAGGAGAAAGAGAAGUUCCAAAAGUAUCGAUUAGAGAUUCUUGCUGGUAAUGCCCGUAAGGUUGGAUCGGUGCGGUUUGAGAGAUUAGAGGGCACCACUCUGAGUCGGGAGGAGUCCGAGAGGAGCUUCCCUCGUACUUUACAUGCGGAUAGGCCUGCUGUUGAAGACGUUCGCUGGCAAGAUCCUGAGGAAAACAUUUCAGACGACGACGAGGGAUGUAUACCUGAUGAGGACAAUACAGACGGACCUAAAUUGUAUCUUCCAGGGAGUGUACGUUGCAGUGAUGAGCUGGACAGCUUUUUGACAUCUGACGGGUUACCCACAGUAGGUACUUACGACUGGGAAAUGGACACAGUUGAGAAGAUCCCAAAAGAGGUUGAAACAGAUAGUGAAGCGGAUGAAAGCACGGCGACUAUUGUUGCCAGCUUGAGCGACAAGUGGGAAGAAGAAGAAGCACAAGUUGAGAGGCGUCGAAACAGGAGGCGGAAACAAUCAGCUGAGGCUGCAAUUGAACUUGACAGACAACAAAGGUCUAACCAACACAAGUGAUUAACACUUGUAAUGAAACUUAGGCGGGAUUGAAAGGAUCAAUGAGCUUCGGACAUAAACGAAGAUUUUUGGAAAGGUAAAAAAUCACUGUCUCAACCAACAAUUAUUAGGAUUGCUAUUAUAUGCAAGGAUUUUAUACCCUCCUAGUCCUAUCUGGUCUGAGUUGCUUUGCAUCUGUAGAAAGAUAUGUUUGUAAAUUGUGGGAGCUCUGUGCUGAGACUGCUAUGUCUUCACAAUCAUCUGUUUAAGUCAUGAAGCGGUGCUCAGUAAUCACUGCACUUGCUCUCCCCUGUUAGACGGGGACUUAUGUGGUAUUUCUUUAUUUUCUUAUUUCUUUUCUGUGAUUACAUUUUCUUUUUUCUUUUUCUGACCUGUAUUUUUAACAUACUAGAAUUGUUUUUCUUCGAGACUAAAAUAUUACAGCUUUGCAGUCUGCUUGGAGUAAUUUAAACAGUAAUUAUUUUUCUGAACAAUGCUACUGGCUGUAAUGACUCCACUGCGUUCUUCCGGUUUAUGAGGACUGUAGCUGUUCAUUCUAGUGUAUUUGUAUUGCCAAUUAUCUUAGUUAUAAAGGUCAUCCAGGAAUAGGGUUUAUGAGAAAUCAGUUAUGGAUUAUGAAUGAGAACAUGCAUUUUGCAACUAAUAUUUUCCUUGAAAGCUU